AUGGUCCAUUCAUUAACCCCAGCAUCAGCCCCUGCGGUGCCCAUUUUAACAACACCCAGAAACACCCACAUUCCAUCUUUCGGUUUGCAGAGAGUGUGGGCUUGCCAUCAAGGUUCUUAUCAAGCUUUUGAGCAAAAAAUUGUCCAUCGCAGGACUGUUACACUUAGCCUAGCAGGUGCAUUGCUUGGCUUGAACUUUAGUGACAGAAGUGCAGGUGCAGCCAGAAGGCCGCCCCCACCCCCGCCCCACCGGAGGAGAAAAAGGACCCUAAUGUGGGUGGAGUUACGGCGAAAGUUCUAG